AUGCACAUGACCAAAGUCUCCUGUUUACUCUUAGUGUUACUGUGUUGUGAACUGUGUUCAUCAAUAAAGGUCCCAGUCACAUGGGACGAAAGUGCUUCGAGUGAAGUGAAAAAUGAACCGAUUAAAGAAUCAGUGGAGAUAAUUGUACCACAAAAUGUGCCCGCCAAAAAGCCAUCAUAUUACAAGCCAGUUCCUACGGAAUACUUCGAAUAUACCGCGCAAAAACCGAAAUUUGCUGCUGACAUAGCUGCCUUCCACGGAGUUCAAAAUCCUCAAGACCAUUAUAAAGCCUACCCAGUGAAACCGUUUACAGGUAAACAGAAACCUGUUUUAGGUAUUCACCAAAUUCUAGACGAAAAGAAUAAAGUAUUUCAACCAUUUCAAAGUUAUGUACAGCAAAAUGGUCCAUUACACAGUUAUGUAACGCCGAUUGCAAGUAAUUAUGAGGUGUUUCAUCCCUACCAUGCCGAAGAACCAGCAUUAGAAGCUAUUUAUAAAGAUCCAGUGCUUACAAAAAUUAGGAAUGAUUUGCAAGAUAGCAAAAACAGGCUACAAAAUUAUGAGAAAGAGGCCGGGGAACCUAAUAUUACUAAAGACGAAUAUCUAGAAAGUCCAGAAAAAACUGACAGCAAACUUUUUUCUCCUCAAAAUAUACCUGCACAAUAUGAAAUUCACAGACCUCAAAGAAAACCUGCUUAUUACGUUCGACCCUAUCAAGAUCCUACCAGAAAUAAUUUACUAAAUAAGAAAUUCAAACAUCCUUGGAAUCAACACGCAAAAAUUAGACCUGUACAUUACCGGCCAUUACAUCACCACAUUCGACAUUUACGAAAACAGCAUGCAAUGAAAUACGACGAUGAACAAAAUGAAUAUCCUCAAGUACUAACAUCUUCAAAUGUUGCCGAGCCUCAAGAUGGAUAUGAUAUAUAUGAAAAUGGUAAACAUAAGUAUGAACGAUUAAGGAACAAUCUUGAUGAAUCUGUCAACAAAAUUGCGCAACAAAAUCGACCAGCAAACUAUCAAAAAUUAGAACUUCAAAAACAAGAAACAGCCGACGAAAACGAGGACGAUGAAGAUGAGUUUGUUCCCGUAAAAAAUUACGCUCAAGUAAGAAAAACAGAAACUUAUAAACACUUGCCCAAAAAAGCCGCUUUUGAUGAUGCAGAAACCUACGAGGAAAUCCUAAAUGCACCAAGGUUAAGAGAAGCAGUAAAGAGCACAAAAGCACAAACCGUAUAUAGCGAAGAAGGCUACGAAGAUUCCGCUUAUGAUCAUGCUGGAGAACAGAAACAUGCUUCUGACCACGAAGGACAUGGCGGCUUUCUUAAAGAGCACGAAAACAGUGGUGGACUAUACAAAAUUCCCACUUUCAGUGGAAAGUAUUCUGAUGGUCGAGGUCUAGAGUAUAGAGAUAACUUAGAACAUGGCGAAAAAUGGAAAAAUAAUAACAAAGAUGAUGAGGAAGAGACGGAUUCCGAGAAUUAUUCUGAAGAUGAACAUGAAGAGAAUAUUGAAGCCAACUUAGAACACGCGGAUGACCCUGAAGUUGGAAAUAGAAACAAAAGGCAAGGUUCAUCGACUAAUGAGUCUGAAGAUAGUGCGAACAGUGAAGAAAAUACUGACCGAAUUGAGUAUGAUGAUGAUAGCAAUGAAAACAACAGUAAUGAUGAUGACAGUAACCAACAAGAAAAUAUAGCAAAGUCAGAACAUGGAGUUGGUAAGAGAGAAGUUAAUUUCGAAGUACCUGAAAUCAAUAUUACAUCAACGUUGUCUUUACCAAAAAAUGAUCCAAACCUUGAAAAACUUAAAGCAGCAUCUAAAAUAGAUGGUAUUAAAGAAAAAUAUCCAUAUUACUUUAACCGAGUAAAAGGUAUAAAUAAAAAUUCACCUUUAAGGUAUGCGGAAAAUCUCAAAUUAAUACCCAGAAAAUCAAAGGGUGGAACUGAGUUUUAUGAUUCACGGUCUCAAUUUGAAUGCUCUGAAGUAGAUGAAGAAGUUGAUCCAAUACCCGAAAAAUUGAAAAAUGGAGAAAAUCCUACAAAUUCAGAAGAGGACGAAGAUGAAAACUCUAAUGCAAAGAAAAGUUUCGAAACAGUUAAAAAACAACCGCGCCUAAUAGGUCUUGGUGACAAAAUUGACUGUUUCAAAGCGAAAUAUUUUGGAGAAAACCCAUUAGAUAGCCCAUUUUUUAAGGAAGAAAUAAUAUCGAACCCUGAGCCUAUUAUAGCACCAAAACAUUCGUCAUACAAGCUCAAAGGAGAACUUUCACAAAAAUCAAAAUUAAAUGACAUAAAAGAUAAAUUAAGUGAAGCUGAAAACACAAAUGUCUUUAUUCUUGUAGAUAAACUGAGAGCUGAUCAGAAAAACUUACAAGAAUCUAUAAAUAAAACAAGAGAUGACUUAAUAACGACUUUGUAUACACCAGAUAACAAUACCCAGCACAAUCUUGGGUAUACUGAUAUUUUAAAAAAUAUUCACGCUGUAACAAUUCCCAUAGACACAUUUGCAAAUGGAUUAUUAAAUAGUAACGCAAGCAAUUCAAAUAAAAUGGAUACCUUUUUUAAAAAUAAAGAAGUCGUGACUUUUCUCCCCGCUAAGUUAAGACGAAAAAGGGCAACGCCCUUUGUGUACGAACCCUAUAAAAUUAUAAGGGAUAGUCAAGUACAAGAUUCAAAGAAAACGACAACAACCAGUAAUAUCAGUCCAUUGAUUAAACAGUUACAGUCAAGUAGAGUAGCAGAAAGGGUUUCUCGAUCAAACAUAGAAGAUAGACAACCAAAAAGGACAUAUGUUGACAUAGGAAGAAAAGAUAGACCAAGACCCACAAAAAAUGAUAAUGGUGAUGCAACUUUCGUUGAUGUCAGUGUAGAUCAUCGAAGAGGAGAACCAAGAUAUGAAAUUAGACCAGCUAAUCAUAAAACCGAAUACACACCAGUUGAAAAUAAACGAGCGAUGACUGUUGAUGCAUAUAAGUCACACACAACCACAGAAAGAAGUAUUAAGUAUGCUCAAAAAGUCAAUCGAGGUCGGCAACGUUUCCAAGGUGCACAAAUCAACGCAAAGCCAUAUUAUGACGUCGCUCAAUUUAUUCCUAAAUCUACUGAUUCUCAAAAUGCUGCUGCUUCAAACACUAUUAAAAAAACAAGUACAUCGCCUGUUGAUGCAAGUAAGUCUACCGAAGAUUAUGAAGAGGAUGAUGAUGUGGAUGAAAUCACAUCUACUUCGACGACCACCUCACCAAAACCUUCAUUUAGAAGACGGAUAAAACUUGAAAGAACUCCUCAGAAAAGUACAAGUGAAGAAGAACCCGAGCAAACUACAGAAAUGCAGCGUCUCAAAUUAGUAACUCGAUUUCGCAACUAUAAGCCAGCUGAGGAAAAAUCAGAAGAAACAGAGGCUACUAAACCAAAAAUUCAUCAAGAAGGUGACGAAACGAUAGUGCCAAAAUAUAGAGAAAAAAAGAAAAAAUCGCAUGCUAGUACUAUAGUCACGGAUAUUAAAAAGUAUGGCGAUGAUGACGAAGAAGAUAUGAAAAAAGAAGAAGUGGAUGCAUUAAUUGGAGUAAAGAGUAACAUGGACGAUUAUAUUCCUAUGUAUGAAAAAGAGGAGGAUGAUAAAAUAGCCCACCAUCGAUCCAAGAAAAAUGAGAAACAUGAUUCCAACAAAAGCAGUGAUGAAACUAAAAAUAAUGAAAGCGACGAUGAGGAUGAUGAUGAUGAAGAUGAUGUUUAUGAGGACUAUGAUGACGAUGACGAUGAUGAAAACGAUGAUGACGAUGAUGAAGAUGAUGAAGAUGACGAUGAUGACGAUGAUGAGGAAGAUGAGAGCAAAGACCAAAAAGUAGCUGCUGAAGAAGUACAGGAAAAUUUUCCACAAAUGCCUGAAGUUGCAACAACACAUCCAAUUAAACACACAUUAGCUAAAACAACGCUUGCUCCCCCAACCACUGUUCCAACACACGUUCGCACCUCUACACCUGUCCCACCAGUUCGAAAUGUUAGGAUUAUACACAAACCAGUCGUCACAAGAAAAAAGAUAGAAAUUCACAAAGAGUCACCAGCUAAUAAAUCAUCUCCACAUAUGACUCAGUUUAAACAAGAUAUUAAAGAAGUUGAAAUCAUCAAAGAAAUGCCAGCAGUACCCAAAAAGAAGCAUCAAAAUAAAGCUGCUGCUUUAGAACUAUAUAAAGACGAUAGCUUAGCAAAAGCAAUUAAUGAUCUGAGUGAUGUGGAUGUAUUCGUAGAAAAAACAGAUCUCGAGAAGGGUCCAAAACAUGGUGGCAAUUAUAGAAAAGCUACGAAAGAAGAUUUACGGUUAACAAAACUGCCAGCAGAUGAUACAGGUACAAAUCACCCUAAAGAUGCAGAAACUUCGCAAAGUAAAAGCUCAAAACACAUUGAAUUGGAUGAUUAUGUUCCGAAAAGAUUACAUGGGGGUAAUUUAAAAGCAAUGAGCGAUAUAGAAGUAACAACUGAAAGCAGUCGAAGCUCUAAAUUAAUUGAGUUGAGUGAACCUCCAACACAAUCAAUGCAUGGUGGUAACCUGAGAUACGAUAAAAGACGAAAAGGUGGCAGAAAUCAGAAACUAGUUGAAUUCGGUUCUGAAUCGAUAGGAGAACAUUCGUCAUCACGGGAAGGUGAUAACCACCGGCAUUCUGGAAAUGAAAGAAUGCAUGGUGGAAACUACAAAAGUGCAAAAUUAGUAACAUCAGAAGAUAAUGAUUCUGUUGAUAUUCAAGUAAAAAGCACAACAAAUAAUGCAAGAAUAAAUUCUGCUGAUCUUCUAAAUAGCUUUGCUCAAGCCGUCCCAAUACUUACCACAACCCCAGGGUAUAUUGUAGAUCCUAGUAAACGAAUGUAUUAUUAUGUCGAUGCUUAA